AUGUUCUCGCUCUACGCUUUCACUCUUCUCACCUUUUCCUCUUUCCUUACUCUCAUCUCAGCCAAAUAUGUUGACCUAGUCUCCCCCUCUGAGCAAGACCUCGCUACUCAACUUGAACAAUACGCCUUAACUCACCAUCAAGAAGUAUAUCAUUUCAUCGCUAAGACCUACGACGAUAGGAUCGUCAUUCAGAUUCGAUUCGAGAACGAUACAGUAGGCUUUGAAGGAUAUUUCACUGAAACGCCCCAACUUCUCGAGGAUCUAGAACUCGUCCAGAAAAACAUAUAUCAUGCAACUGUUCAAGCAGGCUUAGAAGGCUACUCAAACGAUGCUGUGUCGAUCGAUACCCUCAAAGCAUAUAGGUAUGGUACACCUCCAGAAGGACAUCAAGAAAGUAAGGGAGUACUCUGUAGACCCUGUAGAGAGUGUCUGAGGGAUGUACAUGGCUUAUUGGAGAAGAAGGCAUAUUCGAGGUGUGGUCAGUUUUGCAGUGUUGGUGCGAAUUGCAUCACUCCAGGUUGUAUGAGAUGUUAUUAUACGGGUAGUGAAUGUAGAUGGCAAAAAUCUUGUCAGAUCUACUAA